UGCUUCAGGCUUUAGGAGGAAGCAGCUGAGGAUGCUGGGAUAUUUUUAGGAUGACGAUGGUGAGGACGAGGAUGACGGGAAGGAGGAGCUCUGACGUCAUGGGUCCAUGUUUUUUUUGGUAGCUCCGCAGUGCUGCUGUGUGCGCCGAUAAACCGCUGGAAGCUGCAGGAAGGAUUUUUACUUUAACACUUCUUCAUUCUUCUUACUGUUGUUCUUCUUCUUCCGCCUCCUCUUCUCCUCUUCCUCCCUCUCUUUGUCUCCAUGCGGGUCUCUCUCCCGCACAUACGCAAACAGUGGGCCUUCCUGUAGCCGCCGCCCCGGCCUCCCUCUCCCUGCGGCCGGCGGAGCCUCCCAGCUGAGCCCCGCUGAGGUGGCCUGGUUCCCGGGGAGAGAUGCUGUAGAACAGCGGGCGGAGGAGAUGCGUCUUCCGGACUGAAAGAGCAGAAAGCAGCGGAGGAAAGCAGGAAGAUGUCCAGCAGGAUGCCUCUGACCCCGGUGAGCGAGAGAGAAGCCGAGCAGCUAAAGACUUCGGACAACCUUCCCGAGCCUCCGGCCCCACCCACCAAAUCAUCAAGCCGCCACAGUCUGCCACCAUGUCGCAGUGCCGUGACGUCCAUCGCAGACGAACAGCCGCAUGUCGGCAACUACCGCCUGCUGAAGACCAUCGGCAAGGGCAACUUUGCCAAAGUCAAACUGGCCAAACACUCACUGACCGGCCGAGAGGUGAGAACACAUCGCAGAGUUUAG